CAAAACAAGUGAUUAGAAAAAGGCAUAGAUAUUCCUCCAACACACUGAGAAAGAAAAAUGUUCAAGACAACCACGACCACCACUUUUCUAGCCAUGGCCACCUCUUUCUCCCUUCUUUUUUUUUGGGUACAGUUCUCUCUUCUCUUUUCUUCCCCUCCAAAAUCAUAUUAUCACUCCCUUUACAAUUCCAUCUCUGAUAAUGCUUCAGUGUCCCACCACCUCUACACUCUCACCCGUCGCCCCCAUGUUGCCGGCUCUCAAGCCAACGCAAAGGCUGCGGCUUAUGUUCUGUCCAUACUCAGCUCCUGCAACAUCCAAGCACACAUUACUUCCUAUAAUGUGUUCCUAACUUAUCCAGCUUCACGUUCACUGAAUCUGAGAAGAUCUGCCCCAGACCCACCAAUAACUUUUGAUCUUCGUCAAGAGAUUUAUGAUGGAGAUCCAUAUGCAGAUGUGGCUGAUGAAGUUCUUCCUACGUUCCAUGGCUAUGCCAAGUCAGGUACAGUCGCUGGACCCGUGGUCUAUGUUAACUAUGGUCGAGUGGAGGACUAUGCCACACUGAAAGAAAUGGGGGUGAAUGUUACGGGAACCGUGGUAUUAGCAAGGUAUGGACAGAUUUUCAGAGGGGAUAUUGUUCGGAAUGCGUUUGAGGCUGGUGCUAUAGGAACUCUCGUUUAUACAGACAGGAAAGACUACGGCGGUGGGGGAGGUGGUGCGAAGUGGUUUCCAGAUGACAAGUGGAUGCCACCUAGUGGGGUUCAAGUAGGGUCGGUCUAUACUGGGACCGGAGACCCUACAACACCUGGAUGGGCAAGCUCAGAAGGAUGUGAGAGGCUGUCAGUGGAAGAGGUAGAGAAGACAGGAGAUGUUCCACUAAUCCCUUCUUUGCCAAUAUCGGCAGCAGAUGGGGAAACAAUUUUGAGGUCUCUUGGUGGGAAAGUGGCCAAAGAAGAUUGGCAGGGAAGUGAGGAUGCUCCUACUUACAGGAUUGGACCAGGACCAGGAAUUGUGAAUCUUAAUUAUACUGGGAAGGAAGUAAUAGAGACAAUUCAGAAUGUCAUUGGUGUGAUUGAAGGAGCAGAGGAGCCAGAUAGGUUUGUCAUUCUGGGAAACCAUCGGGAUGCAUGGACAUUUGGGGCUGUUGAUCCCAACAGCGGUACUGCAGCACUACUAGAGGUUGCCCAAAGACUGGGUAAGCUUCAGAAGAGUGGGUGGAAACCUCGACGUACAAUCAUCUUUUGCAAUUGGGAUGCUGAGGAGUAUGGCCUGAUAGGUUCAACAGAGUGGAUAGAAGAAAACAGGGAAAUACUGGCAUCAAGGGCUAUUGCUUACUUGAAUGUUGACAUUGCAGUGCAAGCAGCUGGAUUUUAUGCCUCUGCAACUCCACAGCUUGAUGAACUAAUAAAACAAGCUACCCAACUGGUUCAAGAUCCUGAUAAUUCAUCACAAACUAUAUACGAACAAUGGAUUGGAUCCAGCAAUUCUCCUAAAAUUGGGAGAUUAGGAGGUGGAGGAUCAGAUUAUAAAGCUUUUGUGCAACAUAUCGGUGUUCCAGCAGCUGACAUAACAUUUGGCAAAGGGUACCCAGUAUAUCAUUCAAUGUAUGAUGACUAUGUUUGGAUGGAAAAAUUUGGAGACCCAAUGUUUCAUAGGCAUGUUGCAGUUGCAAGCGUAUGGGGUUUGAUAGCUCUUCGGCUGGCAGAUGAUAAAUUCUUGCCUUUUGAUUAUCAGUCCUAUGCAAUUGAGCUCCAGAAAAGUGCAACGGACUUGGAAGCUGAGAUCUCACAUAAGGGCAUUAACCUUUCACCCUUGUUCAAGUCUAUAAAUGAGCUAUCAGAAGCAGCCAUCAAGAUAAAUAACCAGAAGAAGAAAAUAGAAGAGGAUAAAGGUUGGACAUCAAUGUGGAUAACAGAUCAUGCAAAAGUCAGAGAGCUAAAUGACAGGCUAAUGAUGGCAGAGCGAGCAUUUACAGACAGUGAAGGACUAUUUAGAAACACAUGGCAGAAACAUUUGAUUUAUGGGCCAUCAAAGUACAAUGAUUAUGGAUCUAAAUCCUUCCCAGGGAUAGAUGAUGCUAUUGAAAAGGCAGAGAAGGCAGAGAGCAAGAAGACAGCCGAGUCUUGGCAAUUGGUACAGCAUGAAGUCUGGAGAGUAGCCAGAGCCAUCAAGCAUGCCUCUCUAGUCCUGAAUGGAGAGCUAACAUGAAUACGCCCCAGAUUAACCAGCCUUUAUAAAGCAUAUGAAUGUUAGAUGUGAAUAAGAAAUAAAAACACCAUCUCCCCCACCUAGAUAGAGAAACAAGACAGCCUGAAGUUUAGCACAUUAUAAUUUGACAAGCAUAUAAAGGAUUUGUUCUGCAGAAGUAAACAAGACCACAUUACAUUAUCUAUGAGAUUGUGAAUAAAAAUAAUUUCUACUC